GCAGUAGAGCUGGUUAGUGCGCUGCUACUAAGCAUGUUUGGAGCACGGCUGAGGGCAUUGAAACGGGUCGGCCGUUCAUCUCCGGAUCCCCGGGCUGACACACAGACUGCCUCCAGCGUAGGGCGUAGAGCAGGAGAUUGGAAAGCUACGCAGAAGCACCGUGUACAAAAAAGAAAACCAUUUUCAAAAUUUAAAACCAUGGGAAAGAUUAAAGAGAACAUAGAAAAAAGUAAACAUGACCAUGCUUUGGAUGGAAGUACAAGUGAAACUGCAGGGAGUAUUCAUUUAAAGCAAAUAAAGGGCAGAGAGAAAAUACACAGUGAAAGUUCUUCUUUAAGUCAGGAAAUCCAGCAAGAGACUGAUAACACUGCUAGUACGAGAUACAGUGAGACCACUUCCGGAAUCACUUUGCCAACACUUUACCAAGUGUCUUCAGAGUCCGAAACAUCAAUUUUAUCAACCUCUGUAAGCAGCUGCCUGUCUCCUGAAGUACUACGUGGUGCUGAUAGUUUUGAUGAGUCAGAAUGGAAAAGCAUUUUUCACAAUGAGAACUUAUUCUGCAAAAAUUCUACUCUCUUGGAGACCAGUCAAGCGGUGAAUAUAGAUUUUCUUCCAGAACCAACCGAUGUUUCUAAUAUUUUUGAACCUAUUGACAGAGUACAUCUGCAUGGAGCUAAAAGUAACAAGAAUGUUAAAAGUGACAACAUUUUUGAAAAGCAACACGUGUCCACUAUUGUAUCAGGAAAAAAGAUAUUCAGAAUUACAAGAGAGAAAGAAAAAACACCAAGAAGCGAUGGUGGUUCAGACUCCAAAUGUCACACACGACCUGAAAAAAAGGUUAAAGAAAGUUGUGACACAACAGAUAAAAAUGUUAAAUGCAAGAAAAGAGUAAGUUUCGGUACAGUCCAGACAACUGAAAUACCACCAAAUGAAUAUGUUGAUCAUUGUGCUGGAAAAAAUAUUGAUAGUUCUGCGAAGACAGACUUGCUGGAACAACAAAAGUUGUCUCUCAGUCUCACUCACAAGCUAGAUCUAUCUCCAGUUUGUGUCUCAUCUAUGGAAGAAGAAAUGAUUCCUAAUACAAGUGGUCCAUUUGUACAUUCAAUCCAAAUUGCUCCUUCCUCCACACUGAGCAUGCAAAAAGAAUCUGAGAAACAGGUAUUACAUGAAACAAAAGAGAUAUGCUGCAUUAUAAAGGCCCCGGUGUGUCGAUGUACUUCAGCAAUAUUAGGUAUUCCAAUUGCCAAUCCGCGCCUACCACCGAAGCACAAAAUACCCAAAGAUAUUAUUCUAACUUUCUGAAGUGUUAUAGUGGAAGCACCCUAGGUCCCAUGUUCACGACUCACCAAAACUUCCAGCAACUGCUGGACAUCACAAUAUUAUUUACCCUUUUGUGUUCAUGGUUUUCAUUAUUUCAAGACAGAAGCGUUGCCCUUGAAAGCACUGUUCAGUCUUCCAUAUAUAAGGAAAUUGCUUUAGUUUUGCAAUGUGUUGAUUUGGGUUUUUUUUGUUUGUUCAGUGUUAUUCCACUAAAAUGCAUCCAACCAAUUUUCAUUUCCACCAAACAGUCUCUUUCACUAACAACCAGAUAAGUAGAGACUACUGUAACCUGACUACCUUAUAGUUAAUUAACCCAUACUAUGCUAAUGUUACUAGCACAACCACUAUUUAAGGUUUUGGUUACAAAAUCGUUUCUAAUGAAAUUGCUGGUGUUUUGGCAAUGAAUUUAUCUGAUACAGAAAUUAAUUUAGGUUGGGAAAUUACUUUACACAAAUAUUGUCAUGACAACAAAACGCUUGUUGGAAAUAUGUGUCUGACAUUUGUCAUUUCUGAGUUUUCUUGCAAGUACAGCAUACAUAUAUUGCAUACACUGUGAUAUUUAUUGCUAUAUUUAAUUUUCAUGUUGUAUGUUCUGUGCAUAUGUGUAUUUCUGUUAGAAAUGCUAUAAAACUAUUUCAAACUCUUAAGUGUCCAUAUUUGGAAUUCCAAGCCUCUUUCUAUAAAAUAAUUUCAUAGAACUUA